UUUGACCUAAGGUCAAAGUUCUAUCAGAAAGAAGAAUAUACAAUUAAUUACAAAGAGCUAGAGAACAAGCAAGAUGCCAAGGAGCCCCAUAACUAGUACUGCUGACUUGUCAGAGACACCCUCCGUCUCUAAAGACUCUGAUAAGGAAGACACUGACGACAGUGAGGAUGAGAUCCUAGAAAUCAGUGAGAAUGGAAGAUGGCAGAAAAUAGAUCAGCAUGUGACCAGAGAUGUUCCUGGCAUUGAUGCGGCUUUUCUGGCCAUUGAUACUGACGAUGCUGUAGAGUUUGUAUGGAAUGAAGUGCGCUACUCUAACAGGAAGGUAGUCAAAGAGAGCAAGGAACGUUUAGUGAAGAUACUAAAGAGGUUGACCGAAGUCAAGCACAACAAUAUCGUGAAUUUUAUUGACUUUUGGCAUGACCGUGUCAAUAACCAAGACAGACUUGUGUUCAUCACCGAGUACAUGACGUCUGGCUCUCUCAUGCAAUUCCUAAUGAAGGCCAAGGGUCAGGGUAGGAAGAAAACUGUCAGUAAAAAGAUGUGGAGAAGAUGGUGUCGACAGAUCUUGUCAGCUCUAAGUUAUCUACACAAGCAUGACAUCACCCAUGGCAACCUGUCUCUCGCCAGUAUCUUCAUUCAACACGAUGGCCUGGUUAAGAUCGGAUCAGUGUCACCAGACGCCAUACACGAGCAUGUUAAGACCAAGAGGGAGGAGAUGAGCAUGAGACCACACUACACUGCUCCUGAGUAUGCAGAGGGACCUGUUGGCACAGCUGCCGAUAUCUAUGCUUUUGGAAUGUGUGCUUUAGAAAUGCUUAACUUUGAUCUUCUUGGCAAUGGGGAAAACCCUAGCCGAGUAAAGAAGGAGAGCAUCCAUCAGGCACUCCACGGGCUCACUGGCCCUCAGCAAGAGUUUGUAGAUAUUUGUUUACGACAGAACAAAGAAGAUAGACCCAGUGCCACUACACUACUCAAGCACCCUGCUUUACAAGAGGUGUUUGACUUGAAGAUCCUCAGUGCACUGGCUCUUAGUCAGAGAGUUUCCAGAGAAAAGAUAUGGGAAGAAUUAGACCAAUCUCACCUCCGAAGUAAGGAUAAGGACUCUGUGAUGGCAGAGCUGCAUCGACCUGGGAGAGACCCAUCAUUCUGGAAGCUUUCCCAGUCGCCUCAACUGGACCUAGAGAAACUAUUCGAAGAGAUCACACUGGACGUCAUCUACCACACGGACUCACACCCUCUCACCACACGCAGCCCACAGAAGAAAGAUGUCUCCAGCACUAGGACAAUGCAUACUUCUAACACAUCCAGUCAAAGAAACUCUUCACAGUAUGCAGAAGAAAUUAGAAAAGUGACUGGUAUGUGUUGCAAUGUGAACCAACUUGAGGAUAAGAGAGAAAUCGUGCUCAAGCUCACAUUCGAAGAUAAAAUGGAGAGGGAAUUAACAAGUGAACUUAAAAAUGAUGAUGAUGCUUCUGCUCUUGCUUGGGAUCUGGUGAUGAAUGGUUUGGUCAAUGAGAGUGACCAACAAAAGAUCACAGAAACAAUUUCUCAAAAGUUACUAAUAGUUGCUGUCAAGUAGCAUAAAAUGUACGUGGAUUGACUUUGAAUAGCAUCAUUCGUGUAUGUAAAAUAGCUCGUAAACUAUAUAAUUAAGUUUCAGAUAUUACAGUAAUAAUUAUUGUGCUUCAUAGGAAA